UCGGCUCGUUACUGAGCAGCGAGUUGUUUGAGGGCAACGUGAUAUAUCGGCUCGAAGAUAAUGCGUCUUCCAGAGCUGCUUUAAAAUUCGCCACCACGUUGCCAUUUAAUCAUUCAUCAUACUGUAGUACUUUUCUAACCCCAUAUUACUCUUCCAGCCAUGUCUACAGAUACAGCAGCCGACCAGGCGGCGGCAGCAGCAGCAGAGUAUGUCCCGGAGAAGGUGAAGAAGGCAGAGAAGAAGUUGGAAGAAAACCCAUAUGACCUUGACGCUUGGAGCAUUCUGAUUCGAGAAGCACAGAACCAACCUAUUGAUAAAGCAAGGAAGACAUAUGAGCGACUUGUCACACAGUUUCCAAGUUCUGGCAGAUUCUGGAAGCUAUUCAUUGAAGCUGAGGUUAAGGCAAAAAACUAUGACAAGGUAGAAAAGUUGUUUCAGAGAUGCCUGAUGAAAGUGUUGCACAUCGACCUGUGGAAAUGUUACCUCGCGUAUGUGCGAGAGACCAAAGGAAAGCUCCCAAGCUACAAGGAGAAGAUGGCCCAGGCAUACGACUUUGCCCUGGAUAAAAUUGGCAUGGAAAUUAUGUCAUAUCAGAUUUGGGUUGACUACAUCAACUUCCUCAAGGGAGUUGAGGCUGUGGGCUCAUAUGCAGAGAACCAGCGGAUCACAGCAGUGCGGCGAGUCUACCAGAGGGGCUGUGUGAAUCCCAUGAUUAACAUAGAGCAACUUUGGAGAGAUUAUAGCAAAUAUGAGGAGGGAAUCAAUAUACACUUGGCCAAAAAAAUGAUUGAAGAUCGAAGCAGAGACUACAUGAACGCCAGGAGAGUAGCGAAGGAGUAUGAGACUGUGAUGAAAGGGCUGGACAGGAACGCACCGUCGGUGCCGCCCCAGAACUCCCCCCAGGAGGCCCAGCAGGUGGACAUGUGGAAGAAGUACAUCCAGUGGGAAAAAAGCAACCCGCUGCGCACAGAAGACCAGACUCUCAUCACAAAGAGAGUGAUGUUUGCCUAUGAGCAGUGUCUGCUGGUGCUAGGGCACCAUCCUGAUGUGUGGUACGAAUCAGCUCAGUACCUGGAGCAGUCCAGCAAGUUGUUGGCAGAGAAAGGGGACAUGAAUAACUCCAAGCUAUUCAGCGACGAAGCCGCUAACAUCUAUGAGCGUGCCAUUGGGACACUACUGAAGAAGAACAUGCUUCUUUACUUCUCAUUCGCCGACUACGAAGAAAGCCGUAUGAAGCAUGAGAAGGUGCACACCAUCUACAAUAAACUGCUGGCCAUCGAGGACAUCGACCCCACGUUAGUGUACAUCCAGUACAUGAAGUUCGCCAGGAGGGCGGAGGGCAUCAAAUCGGGCCGCAUAAUUUUCAAAAAGGCCCGCGAGGAUCUGCGCACACGCCACCACGUGUACGUCACAGCAGCUCUGAUGGAGUACUACUGCAGCAAGGAUAAAUCUGUGGCCUUUAAGAUUUUUGAACUUGGUUUGAAGAAAUAUGGCGACAUUCCAGAGUACAUACUCGCAUACAUCGAUUACCUCUCGCACCUUAAUGAGGAUAACAACACCAGGGUUCUGUUUGAACGGGUCCUUACCUCAGGGAACCUCUCACCAGAGAAAUCAGGAGAAAUCUGGUCUCGUUUUCUGGCCUUCGAGAGCAACAUCGGUGACUUGGCAAGUAUUCUGAAGGUGGAGCGGCGCCGUUUCACUGCCUUCAAGGAGGAGUACGAGGGCAAAGAGACGGCCUUGCUCGUGGAUAGAUACAAGUUCAUGGACCUGUAUCCCUGCUCCGCCAGUGAACUCAAGGCUCUGGGAUACAAGGAUGUGUCUCGUACCAAAUUAGCAGCUCUGCUUCCUGAGGCUGUGGCGGCGCCCUCUGCGCCCAUGCUGAAGGAUGAAAUGGACAGAAAACCAGAGUACCCCAAGCCAGACACCAAUCAGAUGAUCCCUUUUCAGCCGCGCCACCUGGCCGCUCCAGGCCUGCACCCUGUCCCCGGUGGAGUGUUCCCUGUCCCCCCAGUGGCCGUCCUCCUAAUGAAGCUGCUCCCCCCACCCACGUGUUUCACCGGUCCUUUUGUUCAAGUGGAUGAGCUCAUUGAGACCUUCAGGAGAUCCACACUUCCUGAGACUGUCGAAGCUGCUGUGGAGCUCAUCACUGGCAGACUGCCCGAUGGUGGCGGCGAGGGCAAUGGUGCUGUGGAGAACCACGCUGCCACCAAGUCACUCAAGAGGCCCAACGCAGACUCGGACGAGGAAGACGACAAAGGAGCGGUGGCGCCGCCCGUCCAUGACAUCUACCGCGCUCGCCAGCAGAAGAGGAUUCGAUAGAGCGACCAUUACAGCGUGAACCUUACAAGAAUGUAACAAGCGGCCAAAGGAGGUAUUAUGUUUGUUUUUGGAGAGUUUUGGACUGACAGAAUUUGACCUCUGUACAGCAGACUCACACAGCACAUACACACGCACACACACGCACACGCUAAGCCUGAGUGUCCUUGUGUUUUUAUGUUGAAAGACUGACUGAUCCUGUACAAAGUUUUUAAUUCAACCAUCGGUUGUGGCAAACAGUUCAGUUUUUGGCCUUGUUAUGUUCCAGUGGUGGCAAAUAUUUUUAGAUAAGUGGAGGAGACGAUCCCUUUCAAUAAAAGUGUACAUUAAGUCCA